AUGCCGGCUCCUGCUAUCCAUCAACAGCCCCAGGAAGAGCUAAACGGCAUAGUUGGCUAUGCCUGCCGCGUUCCUGGUGCGUCGAGACCGGAGGAGUUAUGGAAGCUCAUCGUAGAACAGCGGGAUGUCCGGAGGAAGAUGCCAAAAGAUCGAUUCAAUGUGGAUGGCUGGUUCCAUCCACACGGCCCUAACAAGGGGACUACGAAUGCGCCAUAUGGAUACUUCCUCGACCAAGACUUGGGUCUUUUCGACGCUGGCUUCUUCCGGAUUUCCGGUAAGGAAGCCGAGGCAAUGGACCCUCAACAACGGAUUCUUCUCGAGGUGGUGUAUGAAGCACUGGAAGACGCUGGUAUUCGGAUACAAGACAUAGCUGGGUCGAACACCUCUGUAUACUGCGGCUCCUUCACCAAUGACUACUUGAAAAUAACCGAUCAUGACCUCGCCUCCUAUCCUAAAUAUGCUGUGACUGGCACGGGACAGAGCAUCCUGGCCAACCGAAUCUCGUACUUCUUCGAUCUCCAUGGCGAAAGCAUGACCCUAGAUACUGCUUGUUCAUCUUCAUUAAUUGCCUUGCACCUUGCCAAUCAGUCUGUGACGACUGGACAGUCAGACAUGGCAAUUGUGGUGGGGUCAGCCUUACAUUACCACCCGGGAAUGUUUGUCACCAUGCAAGACUUUGGCAUGCUCUCUCCCGAGGGUCGGUCCCGUUCUUAUGAUGCUGGGGGCAAAGGCUACGCUCGAGGGGAGGGUGUGUGUGCGGUAAUCUUGAAGCGAGUCGCCAGGGCCGAGCACGAUGGUGACCGUGUCCGAGCAGUGAUUCGAGGGACUGCCUCAAACCAUGAUGGUACCAAGAGCGGCAUUACACUUCCUCGCUCGGAGGCACAAGAAGAACUAAUUCGCCGAACAUAUCGGCAGGCUGGUAUCAAUACGCGAGAUACGCGGUAUUUUGAAGGGCAUGGAACCGGCACAGCGGCAGGAGACCCUCGGGAGGCAAGGGCUAUUGGAUCUGUGUUUGGAUUUGAUGAUAGGACUGAACCAUUAUUUCUGGGCUCCGUUAAAAGUAACAUCGGCCAUCUUGAGGGAGCAGCGGGCCUGGCUUCAGUAAUCAAAACAACACUGGCAAUCGAGAAAAAGCAAAUACCUCCCAACCGGCAUUUCGAGUGUCCCAAUGACAAGAUCGAUUUCGGCGGUUGGAAGCUAACUGUUCCCACCGAGUGCUACCCAUGGCCAGAAAACGACAGCUGGCGCCGCGCGAGCAUCAAUUCAUUCGGGUAUGGCGGGGCUAACGCACAUGUCAUAGUGGAAGCUUAUCAGCGGCAUUCUAAUACCAUCAACGGAAUUAAUGGUGUGCACACCAACGGCAUUCCCAAGCCACCGCCGCUCUUCGUCGUGCCCUUUAGUUCCCAUUCGGAAACAGCAGGUCGCAAAAUGUUUCAGCGAUUCGCCGAAUAUCUACGCCAAAAUCCCGACUGUAACCUUGGCCAUCUAGCACACACAUUGAGCACCCGCCGGUCUUUACAUGAAUUGAGAACGUUUCUUAUCGCGGAUAGCCCUGCAUCCUUAGCGGUACAGCUAGGCGAGCCCAGUGGCGAGAGCGUAGGUCCAUCUUGGGUUCGGGAGAGGCCCUCCAGCCAGCGAAUUGGGUUUGUCUUCACUGGACAAGGGGCACAGUGGGCAUCCAUGGGCCGAAGCCUGAUUCAGCUCUGCCCCCAAUUUGUCGGCUCCCUGCAAAGAUGUGAUGAUAUCCUACAGCAGCUUCCUGAUAGGCCGGAAUGGUCAGUGGUUGCCGAGCUAACCAAACCAAACGAGUCGUCCCGUUUGAAUCAAGCGGAAUACUCACAGCCUCUCUGCACUGCAGUACAGCUUGCGCUGGUUGAUCUACUCCAUGACUGGGGGAUCACACCGGCCGCAUGCUGUGGACAUUCGAGCGGCGAAAUGGCCGCUGCCUAUGCAGCAGGCAUCCUCCGCUUCGAGACGGCACUCAUAUACGCCUAUUAUCGGGGCAGAUACACAUCCAAAUCUCGCCCCGAGGCGUAUCCCGUGCCGGGGUCAAUGAUGGCGGUUGGCAUGUCCGAGGCAGAGGCCACGAGCACUGUUGAAAGAUAUUCGGGCCGUCUGAGAGUAGCUGCGAUCAAUAGUCCCACGAGCUGUACCAUCUCGGGAGAUGAGGAUGCAAUUCUAGAACUCAAGGCCCACCUCGAACAGCGCAAAAUCUUUGCGAGACAGCUGGUUGUAUCACAAGCGUAUCACUCCCACCACAUGGAGCCGUUCUCCCACGUAUAUCAAGAAGCGAUGGAGGAUUGUCCCCUCACCUCCCCUGCCUCGACUCCAAAAGCCGAGAUGUUUUCCAGUGUGACCGCUCGGACCGCUCGAUAUAAGGAAAUGGGUCCUUCUUAUUGGGUCAAGAAUCUCGUGUCGCCAGUGAGAUUCUCCGAUGCAGUAACCGGGAUCCUGCUCGAUGAAUUGGAUCGGCCAAAUGUCGAUAUCCUCCUCGAGAUCGGACCUCAUCCAGCCUUGCAGGGACCGACUCGCCAGACCAUGUCCGCCCUGCAGAGGGACGUGCCCUAUGUGGGCACUCUGAAACGUGGCCAGGAUGAUGUGGAGGCGAUGCUGACGACCAUGGGUCGCCUCUUUACCCUCGGGGUUAAUAUUGACUUCGACCGCGUGAACAAUAAUAUCCAUCCCAAACGACUCGAGGAACUGCCCAGCUAUGCAUGGGAUCAUUCUAAGUAUUGGGCUGCGACUCGGCUGACAAAGGAGGUCAUGCAGCGACCACACCGACAUCCUCUCCUAGGGUUUCCGUUGCCCGGAUGGACGGGGUCCAGUCAACGCUGGCGUGCCAUUCUCCGAACUAGUGAGCUGCCAUGGCUCACUGACCACAAGAUCCAAGGAGCCCCCAUUUUUCCCGCUGCUGGGUAUAUCAGCAUGGUAUUUGAUGCGAGUCUGAUCGCAUGCGAGGGGCUUGAAUGGAGCCAGAUCUGUCUUCGAGAGGUCAAGAUCAUCUCUGCUCUUGCCAUCACAGACAGCGACACCGGGAGGGAGGUGAUCUUGGAACUCGUGAGGGCGGCCACUAAUAAUCCAAGGGAUCCCUGUUUCACAUUUUCGAUCGGGUCAUUUAAUGAUGACUCCACCUGGGUGGAAAAUUGCCGUGGCUCGGUCCAGGUGGUCGCGGGGAAGGCUGCUACCCCGAUGCGGCAACCUUCGUCUGAGCCGCUAUUCGAUCGGAUCAUUCCUCGUGAACGGUUUUAUCGAGGGCUUCACCGAGCUGGACUACAGUACGGCGAUCAGUUCCAACUCGUCGACAGCGAUGUGGAAUCUCAGCCUGGGCAUGCGAUGGCGCGACUUCGCUUCGAGGAUACCUCGCUGGACCCCCGGAAGUGUACACUGCAUCCGAGUUGGCUGGAUGCUUCGCUUCAUCCAUUGUUUGCUGCGAUUGAGGCUCAGACGGACGAGCCUCUGGAAUCUGCCUUCGUCCCGACGUCUAUCGAGACAAUUCGCGUCUCGAAAGCAUGCAUGGAACACAUCACCACCGGCAAUACGAUUAAAUCGAUGAAGACAUACGCGUCGGUUUCCCAGCUGCAAUCGAAGUUCGUUGUGGGGGAUAUUCGCGUGCAGUCUCUAGACGAUGAUGUGUGUGUGGAGAUGUGCGGCUUGACAUGCACCGCGUUGGGCGGCGUAGCACAUGACGUUGGCCGGUCGCUCUUCAGCCGCACGCGAUGGCUUCCCGCUUUUAGCACUCUGGGAACACAUACGAAACUCUCGUCUCCUGAAUUCCCCGAAUACCUCGACUUGCACACCCUAUUGCAGUGGUAUGUUCAUGAGUUUCCGACCUCGGUCAUUUCAUAUGUCUUCGGGGGCGCUAGUCCGUCGCCCGCCGUUCUGCGGGUCCUAGGGGCCGAAGAGGGUUACAGGAGACGACAUUCAAAGUUGGAUGUACUGUCUGUAGCUGAGGCCGAAACGAAUCUUUCUCAGACCAACUGCGACCUCUGUGUCCUCGAGGGAAGCCUAACUUCAAACUUUACGAAUGCCGUGGCUCCGGGUGGCUAUUUGAUUAGUCCACACUCAACCUCUGACCAGUGGCAGUCCGAGCUCGUCUUGCGGCUUCAGAGCCCCAAAUGGGAUAUCUGGAGGAAGCAGGAAUCCACGACACCCAACGGUAGAGUAGCUGAUACACCACUGGCCAUAAUAACUGAUUCAUCACCAUCGCUUCGAACGAAGACCUGCAUCGAUAUUCUCAGGCAGAGGAGGCGGGCAGUAGACAUUUAUGAAAUCUCGGACUGCAAACUGCAGGACGUUGAAUCGCUCCCGAAGGAGAUCAUUGUCUUGGCUUCUCUGGACACACCACUUCUGGUCCCGGGAUCUAUCGGAGAGGACGAUCAAUUUGAGAACUGCCAGAAACUGCUUUGCAGCCCCAGUCGAUCUGGUGCAACUUCGGUCUUCUCGGAAACGGAGCCUGAUCAGGGCAUCUUGUUCGGCCUCCUCCGCACUGCGCGGAGUGAGAAUGAACUCAACAGGGUGGUGACACUUGACGUGGCAUCGUCAACUACGGCUCAGACGCUUUCAGAUACUGCUAUGUAUCUUCUCUCAGAUUUGACCGGUGAAGAUGAAGUCGCCCGUGACAAUGAGGCCCUGUAUAUCUCAAGGAUAGAGAUGGAUGAUACACUCAAUUCCAAACUUGCGAAUGGUUAUGGGCGAUUGCCGCAUCCCGAACCAUUCCAUCAAGACGAGCGUCUGUCCUUGAAACUACAGGACUGGGAUUACCACAGCUUGCCAAUCUGUGAGAAAUUCCCUGGAGAGGAACUGGGUGAAAACGAAGUUGAACUGCGGGCCACCACGGUCGGCAUUUCACUUCCAGGUUCUACCGGCGUUGACGUAGCGGGUGACGUGAUCAAGAAGGGUAGACUGGUGACUGAAUCGGCUUUCAGGGUUUCUGACCGUGUCCUGGCAUUGGAUGUUUCAACCGGUUCUCUGGGUAACACAAUCCGCAUUGAUCAAAACCGAUGUGUUCGCCUGACAGGGCUCGAGGACUCUGCACUGAUGGGCGGCUCGGAUCUCUGCCUGGCAAUUUAUGCUGUCCAAUACCAGGCACAAAUACAGCGGAAUGAUGGGGUUCUAAUUGUGGGUAUGGAACGGAAUGUGUCACUGAUGAUUGUUCGGCUCUGCCAGAGACUUGGUGCACGGGUCACCGUUUUGGCUUCCUCUUCGAAUGAUGAGAAGAGGGUGAAGCAUCACCUGCAAGCAGAGGACCGCUUCCUUGUUAUCAAUGAUCUUGCUGCAUUGGAUCAACUUCACAGAGAUGGUGUGAGGUACAAUGCCAUAAUCCAAACGUAUUCAUCGGCGGCGCUUAACGUACCCGACGAUUUAAUCCUUCCAGGAUCCCGCUCCGUAAGUAUCGACCCGUUGGCCUCGCUUACCCCAGCAAAACAUAUCAGGGCAUGCUUUAUCGCCGAUCUUGCAGACAUUUGGCGACAAGAUAAUUCCUUCCGUACUUCGAUCCUUGAGACCACGAUGGCUAUUGCCGAGGACGGUUUCCUGUCCGUAGACGGUUUCGAUUUUACUUUUGCGCAGAUUGGUUCCACGAUGGAGAUUAAUGCAAAGGAAAACACACGCUUAAUUCUCAGGGUACCUUUGGAAUUGCAAGUACCGGUGUUACCUUCCCGGAACUCACCACAAGAAAGGCUAUUCAAGCCAGACAGAACGUACCUACUUGCGGGAGGGUUCAGUGGCCUUGGAGUGGAGAUCGUGCAAUGGAUGGUGCGGAAGGGCGCGCGGAAUUUGGUCAUUCUGAGUCGCAGUGGAGCGACCAGUGAGGCAGCACAGAAAUGUCUUAACUGGCUCCAACAGCAUGGGGUCAAAGCAACUGUGUUCUCUGGCGGCGUGUGCGACCCUAACAUCGUCCGAAACUGUGUUAAAUCGGCGAACCCAGCCCUGGCAGGUGUCUUCCAGAUGGCAGGGGUCUAUCGAGAUGCCAGUUUACAGGAGAUGACCGUUGGACAAUGGAAGGAACCACUUCAGCCAAAGGUGGUAGGGACCAGGAACCUCUCCAUAGCGACAGAAGGCAUGGAUCUUGAUUUCUUUAUCUGUUUCUCGUCAAUCUCUGCAAUUAGUGGAGCUCGCGGGCAGGCAAACUACAAUGCUGCCAACACUUAUAUGGAUUUCCUGAUGAGGUGGCGCCGUGAGCGAGGCCUUCCGGGUGUAACAUUGAACAUCGGAAUGGUUCUUGGGGCGGGUCUGCUGGCUAAGAAUAGUGCCAUCCAGGAGAUUAUGGAGCGGACAGGGUCUGACGGCCUCUCCGAAGUUGAACUUCUUCGGCAUGUUGAAGAAGGCGUCCGUGCCGGCUCGUCAGCGACGAUUCGAGAUGCAUCAGGGAUUGACUUGUAUCAAAUUAUCAGCGGCGCUCGGGUGACAGACAAGGACACCUUUCGAUCUCGCAAGCCUCUUUACAAGAGCCUAAUUGCCGACAGGGAUUCAGAAUCUGGAAGUGCCACCAAUGCGGAGCAGGGGAAGACGGAUAUCAAAGUCCUCCUGCGCAGCGCCUCCGAUGAAGCUAGGAAUGAAAUUGUCCUGGACGCGUUUCUAACAAAGCUUUCAACAAUAUCAGGGGUCCCUCGAGAAACGAUUAAUCCAGCCAGUUCUCUUGCAGGUUACGGCCUUGACUCCCUCGUCGCAGUUGAAAUCCGAAACUGGUUCCUCAGGUCUGUAGGGGUGGACAUUGCGCUUUUUGUUAUUCUAGGAGCGAAGAGUAUCCGCAGCCUCAUAUCUGAAGCGGUCAAAGGGAUCCAAGAUGAGGAAGAGCGCGCCACAGACGAACCCACAGACUCUACAGUCGCCGCAGAUGCCGCUCUAUCGCCUAUUCCCGUCGGGAACCGCCCGGAUCACAUUCCUCUAUCCACUUACCAGGGGCGGUUCUGGUUUAUGCAUAAUGUGAUGGAAGAUAGAACUCACUUUAACCUUCGCGUAAUUCUGCAUCUUCAAGGCAUACCGGAUGUGAAAAUUUUACAGGCAGCUCUUGAGGAGCUCAAGCGACAUAAUGAAAUCUUGCGCACGGCCUUUAUCGAUGGCGACGAGUUUACCGAGCAGCGUGUUCUAAGCGAUUGUCGUGUCCACCUUCCGUACCACGAUCUCUCAUCACGCAAUGAUCCAUCACAAGAGCUUGACAACCUCACCCGUGAGUUACAGCGAUUAGAACUUGAUUUAAGCCAUGGCGAAUCUCUCAGAUUCUCUUUGGCGAAGGUCAACGAGAGGAACUUCGCGCUUGUCCUCAUCAUCCAUCAUAUUGUGAUCGACAGAGGUAGUUCCGAGGAACUCUUGAAUCAAAUUUCCACAUUCUAUGAUGAUAUUGCUCUUGAUCGAUUGUCUUCACGCCCUCGUGAUCAUGUGCAAUAUGCAGAUUUUACCCUCUACCACAAUGACAAGCUUCAGUCGGCCUCUGUACGGGCCAAUAUGGAAUUUUGGAAGAAGGAGCUAGACAGCUUACCUGAUCCGGGCCCGCUUUUGCCUUUUGCCAAGUCAAAUAGAGAUGACGUAAUCGAGAUUCAAACGUUUACACAUCAUGCGACACUGGAAAAGGAAUAUUUGAACCGCAUGAAACGCAUCGGAGCUUCACUGAAUGUCACUCCUUUCCAAUUUGUCAUGGCAGCAUUUAGAUCCUUCUUUUACAGGUUUACAGAUGCCACUGAUGUAGCCAUCAAUAUCGUGGAUGGGGGCCGUCCUCAUCCGGAUGUUGAAAAGGAGAUCGGGGCUUUCAUCAACUUGGUUCCAGUGCGCAUCAAGCAUACAUUUGAUGGCAGUUUUGAAGAAGUUUUGAAAGUCGUGAGAGAUAAGAUGCUGGAAGUCAGCGAGUAUCCGGUCCCAUUUGACUCAUUAGUUCGCGAGGCAUCGUCCCGAACUAACGUCGGCACUUUCCCACUCAGUCAACUGGUCAUCAACUAUCAAAUCCAUGGCAAGAUGGCAAAGUACCCCACCCGUGACUUUGUUAUUGAUGACUACUUUACGGAGGACGUACCGACCGCCUCUGAGAUCAAUCUAGAGGCCAUUGAAGAUCAGGAAAAUGGACUGAGAAUCCGGUUCGAACACACAACGAAACUUUACGAUAUUCCUUGCAUGCAGCGAUUCCUUGAAGGAUUCGUAGCAUUUAUGAGAAGUGUCAUCAAGGACCACCGUCAACCCAUUCGGGAGGUCCCCAUUAUUGGCCAAUCUGAGCUUGACUCUCUGCGUGAGCAACACUGGACUAUUUCACAGACCCCUAUUUCAACGAAGCACUACUCGUUGAUCGAACAGAUUUUAAACAUAGCCAAACGUCAGCCCACAGAAUCAGCUCUAAUCACAUCUGAUGGCGACACAAUGACAUAUGGUGAACUAAUAGAUGCGUCAAUGUCCGUCUCUGCGAGACUUAUUGCCGCAGGAGCGACACCCAAGUCACAUAUAUCUCUUCUUACUUGGCCAGGAAUACAGGAAAUUGUUGCAAUUCUGGGUAUCAUCAUGUGUAGAUGUGCUUAUGUUCCUCUCGACCCGGACUUCGCACCGGACAGGAUAUCCUUCAUUGCUGAGGACUCGGGUUCAAAAAUUGUCAUGGUCGGGGAUGGUCUUUCCAACCUGGUGAAUCACUCUGGAGAACAAUUAUUUCCAAAUAAACAGAUUAUCUCCAUUGCAGAAGCAAUUACAUAUCAGAAAAAGAAGGUUCUUCACCCUACCAGUCUGGACGAUCCUCUUUAUGUGACCUACACAUCGGGAAGCACUGGAAAACCCAAAGGAGUUGUAAUGCGUCACUACAAUGCUUACCCCAUGUUCACUGUAAUUGAGAACGACUAUAAAUUCAAUUCUGCAGACCGAUUUCUCCACCAAAUAUCGAUGUCAUGGGAUCUCUCGGCGGUACAAAUAUUCUCUCCGCUUCUAGCCGGAGCUACAAUGUGCAUUGCCUCCGCAGAAGCUCGCAAAGACCCGUUGCUUUUGGCGAGCUUUAUGAAGCAGGCUGAGGUCACGUUCACAUACUUCACGCCGACUCAGUUUGCCGUGCUUCUGGAGGCUGAUGUCGAAACCCUUAGAACCUGUAAGCAAUGGCGUUUGGCUUGGUUCUGCGGGGAAGCAUUCCCUGUUAGACUUGCGCAAGCCUUCUACGACCUGAAGGUACCUGCUCGCCUGUUCAACACAUACGGUCCAUGCGAGGCUAUGGUCCAAGUUACAAUGUAUGAGGUCUCUCUGCCUCCGAACACGGCAACUUCGGUGCCAAUUGGCCGCUGCCUGCCUACAUGCCAAGUCUAUAUACUUGACGAGGGGCAGAACCCGCUUCCGCUAGGAUUGCAGGGAGAAAUAUAUAUUGGGGGACCGCAAGUCGGUACAGGCUACUUAAAUCGGCAAGAGGCGUCCGCCAAAGGGUUCCCCGACGACCCAUUCGCAGUGCAGCUAGUCGAAGACAAGGCGUACCUUGGUGGUAAAAUGUUCAGAACAGGCGACCUUGGUCGUCUCGACCAAGAUGGUAUACUGCACUUCGUUGGCAGAGUUGCCGGCGACAAGAUGGUCAAACUUCGUGGACUUCGAAUCGAUCUUGGCGAAAUUGAGCACAAUAUCUUUCAAUUUUCCCGCAAUGAAUACAACGGUUUCCUUACUGAUGUCUGCGUCGUCGCACGCCAUAUCAAAGAUGAAGUACGAGGCACUGCAAGUGUAGCCGAUGAUCGCCAAUUAAUCGCUUUCCUGGUCUCUCGGAGGCAUGAUAGUGCCUCUAGACUUCGGUUUGUGCAAGAGCUCUCGCAGAGCCUCACCCGAACUCUUAAUCAGUACAUGAUACCCACUGGUUUCUACUUUCUGGAAGCUCUGCCAACAAGCAUCGGCGGGAAGACAAACCGGCAAGCUUUGUUAGGGCAGAACCUGGACGGAUUGCUCCAUUCUGGCCAGUCGCUCCCUGUUGACGAAGAUUCUAAACACGAGCAAGAUAGAGAUCUAGGUACGAAUUUCAUUGAGAAGGUCACGGAUUAUUUCCGUGAAUUACUCCAGGUACCAGAUACCACAGAGUUGGGUCUAGAUAGCAACUUCCUUGAGCUAGGUGGCAGCAGCAUCCUACUCAUGCGCUUGCAAAAGAAGUUACUCAAAGAGCUGAAUGUGAAGGUUGCGCUCGGAAAGUUGUUCUCAAACCCUACUCCAGCCGCUAUUGCGUCCCUUCUAGGUGAUGUCACUGUCAAGCCUAUAUCUAUUCAGCCUACUGCACAAGAACAUGCAAAAAGCUCAAAGGUGAACAAGCCGAAUGACCAACACGUGAAUGACAAUGCCCGUCCAAUUAAUUGGCACGAAGAAGCUCAGCUACCUAACGAUAGCCGAUUCCACAUUCCUGCUCCAGAUAGUGACGACCUAUUUGAUGCUCCCGAUCCAACAGAUAUAUUCAUGACAGGUGCAGACAGCUUUAUGGGCAUUCAUUUCCUGGCGGAACUUCUUUCACGCAGCCAAAACAUGAUUUAUCUCGUCGGUACAGAGAAGCGAUUGACAAAAGAUCAUCUCUUGUCUGAGUUCCGCCACUUCAACCUUUUAACAGGCAGCGUCAAUGAGCGAGUUCUCACUUCUCGCCUUAAUGUUCUCGGAGGAACCAUGACACAGCCUCACUUUGGGCUAAGCAGCAGCAAGUUUGCCCUUCUUGGGUCGCGUGUACAUACUAUAUUCAGCCUGGGCGUUUCUGUUUCGCUUCUGAAGUCAUAUCAUGACCUUCAUAAUGUGGACAUUCGGCCUGUUCGCGAUUUAAUCGAGCUUGCCGCGUGCGGAGACCGGGUUAGCAAUAUCGUUCAUCUUAGCACCUGGAGUGUACCCCAGUUACAAUCUUGGUCUGGGACGACGCGUACCCCACGGAUCAUUAGAUCCGAAGAAAGUGCUGAGACAUAUGCACCACCUGCAAGCGGUGAACAAGGCUAUAUCAAAGCGCGCUGGGUGGCGGAGAUGUUAUUCCACAAUGCCGCCAAGCGAGGAUUCCCGGUUAAGAUUUUCCGAGGAAGUGCCAUGACCGGUUCGACCAAGUCCGGGGUACCUGAAUAUCGGGAUGGUAUCAUCCAGCAGACUAUCAUGGGCAUGAUACUCACAGGAACUGUGCCUGAACUUGAUGGGUUUGUAGCCGAUUUUGUGCCUGUUGACCAUUUGGCAUCCUGGCUUUACUCGCUAUCAUUCAAUGACCUUGAGCAGGAACACAAUGAUAGUGACCUUCCUCCAGCCGUCAAGAGUCCAGGUGCUACAUAUUACCAUGUGACGAAUCCAUCACCGCUGCCUCUAAGCCGCCUUGUGGAGCUGAUUCCACAGCUUCGCCCAACACUGGUUGCUGCAGGGGCAAGGUCGUUGCCGCUAGAUCGAUGGCUGGAAAAGGUGGAAAGCGAAGCUUCUACUGGUGCUGGAGACGAUUUGCGAUGGGCUGCUAUGAGAGACCUCUUUCAAUCCGGCCACAACAUGUGGGCUUUAGAUACCGCAGCUACUCAGAGCGCGUUGCGUCGGGCGGGAGAACGUCCUGAGGCUUGCCCUCCCGUCGAUGCCAAAUACUUGAAGCGACUUCUGGAAAACUGGACGGCUGCAGUGAACAACUAA